GACACAGACGGAGCAGACAGCAGAGGUUACCAGGGCCAAUUCCGGGACGUGCCGUGAGCUCAAAGUGACAACCGGCCGCUGAAUCUUGAAAGUUUCAGGGAGCCCGUCGGAACCCGUGACGUCAGUGUCAGAUGACACAAAACUUUUUUUGAGCUAAAAGGGCUUUAAAUCGCCCAGCGCUCAUUGUUCGGGCUGGAGAAAAGAUCCUCCUUCACCUAGAAGUGGACCAACACUCAACCAUUUGUCUAUUUUUGUUCCGUUUGAGUUAAUCAACUUGAAUCAUCGUACAGAGCUUCUCCCGAGACUUUGGUGCCAAAGCUGAAGCAAGAUGGGUGACUGGAGUGCACUUGGAAAACUAUUGGAUAAAGCACAGUCACAUUUGACUCCAGGAGGUAAACUAUGGCUCACAGUGCUCUUCAUCUUCCGUCUCCUGGUGCUGGGCACUGCAGUGGAAUCCGCUUGGAGUGACGAGCAAUCUGCAUUCAAAUGCAACACAAUGCAACCAGGUUGUGAAAAUGUCUGCUAUGACAAAUCCUUUCCUAUAUCCCACAUUCGACUCUGGGUCCUUCAGAUUAUUUUUGUAUCAACUCCCACUUUGGUCUAUCUAGCCCAUGUCUUUCUCAUUUCUCACAAAGAGAAAAGAAUAUCUAAGAAGGAAAAGCAACUGAAGGCACUCCAAGAAGAAGGUGAAGAUGUGGGCCUGCACUUGAAACAAUUAGAACUAAAGAAAAUUAAGUAUGGUCUGGAGGAGCAAGGCAGAAUUAAAAUUAAAGGAUCCCUCUUGCACACUUAUACUGUCAGUAUAAUCUUUAAAGUCAUUUUUGAAGUGGCUUUUAUGUUAAUUCAAUGGUGCAUUUAUGGUUUCAAUUUCAUGCUGAAUGCUAUUUACACCUGUGAGAGGUAUCCAUGCCCACACAAAGUAGACUGCUUCCUGUCACGACCCACAGAGAAGACCAUCUUUAUCAUAUUCAUGUUGGUGGUAUCCGUUAUGUCAGCUAUGCUGAAUGUGGCAGAGCUGUUCUACAUCAUCUUCAAAUAUUUAGCUGAUCGUGUCAAACAGAAUAGUCAUUUAUUUCAGGGCACUCAAAAAAUGGGCUUGAAUCCUCUUAAAGACUCCGCCUCAUCAAAGUACGCCUACUACAAUGGGUGUUCCCCGCCAACUGCUCCCAUGUCCCCUCCUGGAUACAAGCUUGCUACCGGGGACAGGAAUAUGUCCUCCUGCAGAAGCUACAAUAAGCAAGCUAAUGAACAGAACUGGGCAAAUUAUAGCACAGAACAAAACCGGAUUGGUCAGGCCGGUAGCACCAUUUCCAACUGUCAUGCACAGGCUUUUGAUUUCCCUGGUGAACAUCCUACCAUGCAAAAGCUAUCAUCUGUUACAGAGUUGCAACCAGUUGGUCUCACGGAACAGAGGCCUCCCAGUAGAGCCAGCAGUAGAGGGAGUAGCAGGCCUCGACCAGAUGACCUUGAGGUCUAACCCAGUCUAUUCAUUUCAGACACUGCCUCAUUUCUUCAGUCAUGAGUAGAUACAUUAUUUUUUUCUGGAAAUUCUCCCAGAUGUUGGUACCUAGUAGUUUUGAGGUGUACUCAAUAUCAACUAACAGUUCAGUGGUAUUACCUUUUUAAAUAGGACCACACUAAAGCACAACAAAAAUCAUGUUUUUGAGGAUAUUCACUCCAGUAAAAUCAUUUAACAAAAGGCCAGCUGAAAAAUAUAAGAAAUUCUUACAAUGAAGAAACUUAACUGAUGUUAUGCAAUUCCUUGCCAUACUCUUGCAUAUUGCCAAAGUAUUCCUUCUUAGUUAUUAUAGAAUUUGGCCUUGUAUCAAUGACUUAAGCCCAGUAAUAAUAUUCCAAGGUACCAUCCUGCACUAUGAAGUUUUUCUCCAUUCUGAUUGAAGUAACUACUUUGCAACCACAGUAACAUACAAAAUAAUUCCAUUCUCAGUAUCAAAGUAAUUUGGAAAAAGAAGAUUACAUUGCAGAGUUUACAAACAUUGAAGAUUUGUUCAUAUGUAUCAGACUCCUCACUCUGCACUCGAAAUUAUUUAUCCAGUAUAUUACUUUAGAUGUACUUUCAUAUAUUUCUUGACUAAUGAAUGUUUGGUAUUUUAUCUAACUUUUGUGUCAAGUUGAUUUACCAAUACCCUGUCCAUAACUUUUUGACAUGUUUAUAAAAAAAGACCACUUAGCUGAAUAAAGAAUAACUUCAUGUGUAGUGAACACAAUCUUUAAACUAAUUGGGAAAGUUUUAAAAGGCAAUAAGAUGUUUGUACAAUUAAUUUUGUACAUAUUAAAAUGAAUAUUGCCACAGAUUUAUAAUUCAUAAUGUUCACUUAUCAUUUUGUUCAUCUACUCUUAAUUUAAAGCAGAACGAGUGGACGGUAAAAAUAAAACAUUCUGGGAUGGGGGAUUUGGGUGUUGUGGAGAGGGUCCAUGGUGAUGUAUCCCCAAGAGCCUAUCUGGUGUUUGUUUUGUAAAAUAUCUGUGCAAAUAUGGUAUGGCCAAUUUUGUUGUCUUAAUUGUGUAACAUGAGCCAUUUUGUAUCAAAGGAGGAUACUGUGGUUCAUCUGAGAAAGAUAAGAAUGAUUGCUAUUUUGUGCUAAGCAAUAGUAACUUGAUCCUUUGUGUGAGUGAAAUUUUAAAACUAUUUAAUCAUUGCGGUGAUAGUGGUAAUAGUACUGUUUUAGUACUUUUGAGGUGACGUUAUCAGUAGUAUGAGAAACUUAUAGUCAAUGUGCUUAGUGCUGGACUAAUAUUUAGUCAACAAGUAAUAAAGGUAUUCGCCACUAUAGCAUCACAAAUAUCCACAUUCACCAAGACAUUUUAUUUGGAUCUUUUAACUAUCACAUACUAUAAUAUCACUAAGCAGUUCUAAAACUACAGUUUCAUGGUCUGACUUGGCCCUCAUGCAUCCAAGUUUUGUUUAUUACUUUAGCUAUAAUGGCGUUUGCACUGAAGUUUUAUACUUGCUUAGAAUGCACAAUGACACAGAAAGAUGUUGCAAGUUGUCAAGUAGUAUGCAUGUAACUAAUUUAUUUUGCAAAAGUUUCAUGUCUCCUUUAAUAACAUAUCCAGAUUACUUUAAAGAAAAGCCUAUCCACAGAUGGAUCCAUCUUCAGUUGCAUUUAUGUUCAAUGGUAAUUGUAAAAAUAUUCCCAAAUUUUGUGACCAUUCCAUAAGUAACUGAGAAGUCUGUUCUGUGAUAACAGUGUCACAGGUGAAGUUGUUGUCUGAUAUAUAUUUCCGUUGUCUGGUGCAUCUCUGGGGAAAUUGUGGUGUGAUUUGUAACCACCUUUUGGGGGGAGAAAAAACAAUAUUUAUCCACAAAGAAAAUUACUUGAAGCAGUGAUGUUCCCUCUAGUCAUAACUAUUAUAAAGUGCUUAUGUUUUAUUUUUAAUUUUUCAUUUAACAUUCCAUGUUAAAUCACUGUCAAACAGCCCCACUUGUACUGAGAUUCUUAUAAUUGUUGUUAUCACAUGUGAACAAUCUCCUGUUUAUUAAAACCUGAUAACUUAAACAAUAAAGUGACAUUUUCCUUAA